AUGCAACGUCACGUCAAAGUUGAUGGUAAGGUUAGAACCGACACUACCUACCCAGCUGGUUUCAUGGAUGUCAUCACUCUUGAUGCCACCAACGAAAACUUCAGAUUGGUGUACGACGUCAAGGGUAGAUUCGCUGUUCACCGUAUUACCGAUGAAGAAGCUUCCUACAAAUUGGGUAAAGUUAAGAAGGUCCAAUUAGGUAAGAAGGGUGUUCCAUAUGUUGUUACCCACGAUGGUAGAACUAUCAGAUACCCAGACCCAAACAUCAAGGUCAAUGACACCGUCAAGAUUGAUUUGGCUUCUGGUAAGAUCACCGAUUUCAUCAGUUUCGAUGCCGGUAAGUUAGUUUACGUUACUGGUGGUCGUAACUUGGGUCGUAUCGGUACUAUUGUUCACAAGGAAAGACACGAUGGUGGUUUCGAUUUAGUUCACAUCAAGGACUCCUUGGACAACACUUUCGUCACUAGAUUGAACAAUGUUUUCGUCAUUGGUGAACAAGGUAAGCCUUACAUUUCUUUGCCAAAGGGUAAGGGUAUUAAGUUGUCCAUUGCUGAAGAACGUGACAGAAGAAGAGCUCAACAAGGUUUGUAG